AUGAAUGAUUUUGUCACAAGUGUAUCGAAAGAUUUAGAUACAAUAGAUGAAACAACAUUGAGUUUGGUAAGUGGUAGCCAAAUUCAUUCAUUAUCGGACAAAAAAAGUUUGGAUAGUCGAGCAAAACUAAUGAAAUGGUGUGCUUUCGUAUUAUGUGUACUGACCAUAUGGAUCACUUAUCAUUACAUAUCCAUCGUCGUCUUAGCUGUAUGGUUAACCACCAUUUGUCGACCACUAAUGGAAUAUCUUGUCAGAUUUUUGCCACUGAAAAAGCGAGCGUCAAUAGAGACUCGUUCUCAUGCAAUUGCAGCCACAUUAAUUAUUAUCAUUGUGUUAUGUGUUAUAAUACCAAUUAUUCUAAUUGUUGUCGCAUUGUCGAAUAGCGCAUUGAAUCUCGUUGUUCAUCUUGCUCAGUCGUCAACUGUUCGUAAUGCAAUUAAUUUUAUCGUUUCACCAUCGACAUCAAAUUUAACAUCGACGUUUGAUUUAUUCGAUUUCUCCUCAACAAACGCUACAACUUUCAUUGAGCGUCUGCUAUCACAACAAGAACUUACAGAUGCGGUGAAAAGCUUCGGAGGAAAAGCAUUGAGUAUUCUAUCAUUAGUUGCAAAUGCAACAGCGCAAUUCAUUAUAGGCAUUCUCAUAUUUCUGAUUGCCACCUACACAUUUCUUAUUGACGGACCAGAAUUGUGGCAAUGGAUGAUAAGACAUAGUCCACUGUCAGUUAAACAUAUGAAUCGUUUAGAGAAAGCUUUUCAUGAGACUGGACGUGGUUUGUUAGUAGGUGUAGGUUUGACUUGUUUAGUGCAAAGUAUCGUUGCUGCUAUUGCCUAUUUAUGUCUCCGUAUUCCACGAGCAUUAGUAUUAGGACUCUUAACCGGUAUUUGUUCUCUCAUUCCAAUAAUUGGUACAGCGUUUGUGUGGUUACCCAUCGCGAUCGGUCUUUUCUUACAAAGUCAAUAUAUCAAAGCGAGUAUUAUGAUUACAGUUGGUGUGUUGGCUAUCGGAUCAAUUGAUAAUCUCUUACGACCACUGUUUUCCAAAUUAGGUGCUUUAGAAAUGUCAACGUUAUUACUAUUAUUAUCAAUAUUUGGUGGAAUUGAAAUAUUAGGUCCCUGGGGAGCACUUCUUGGACCAGUAAUUGUGAGAUUAGCGAUAGAAGCACUCGUUCUAGUACGCGAAGAUCAAGAUGAUCAAGAGCAGCAAGAAAAUAGUAAUAAUAAAUGA